AUGGGUUCGGCAGAGUGUCCAAAAAUGAACUUCAGUGAAUUCUAUAACACAAUCGACGGCAAGCUUACUACCACAGCAGUAACUCGCCACGGAAUCAACCCGGCCAACAAAAAACCCAUUGCCGAAGUUCCUGUCUGCACCCAGGCUGAUCUUGAUACUGCAGUCACGGCAGCAAGGACCGCGUUCAAACAAUGGUCAAAAACCAGCUUCGAAGAGCGUAGGGCAGCUCUUCAUAGUUAUGCAGAUGGCCUUGACCAUUACAAGGAGGAGUUUGCCAGUCUCAUGGUCAAAGAGCAAGGCAAGCCGUUGGUUCAGGCUCAGAUCGAGACAGGGGCAGCAGUGGCCUUUCUCAGGGGCAUAUCGUCGCUGAACAUGAAUGAAGAAGUCCUCGAAGACACAGACGAGCACAAGAUCAUUAGCCGAUAUACCCCGCUAGGUGUUGCCUGUGGCAUUGUUCCAUGGAACUACCCUAUUCUCCUUGCCUGUGGGAAGAUAGCCGCCGCCAUCUAUACCGGAAACACCAUGAUCCUGAAGCCGUCACCGUUUACUCCCUAUUGUGGCCUGAAAUUAGGCGAGCUCGGAUUGCAAUAUUUUCCUCCCGGCGUUUUGCAAGUUCUUAGUGGUGGAGAUGAUCUAGGUCCGAUGAUGACCGCCCAUACGGGAAUUGACAAGAUAAGCUUCACCGGCUCAACUGCGACAGGAAAGAAAGUUAUAGCGAGCUGUGCAAGCACCCUAAAAAGAGUGACGCUUGAGCUGGGUGGAAACGAUGCUGCUGUUGUGUGCGAAGAUGUAGACCUUGAGGAAGUCAUUCCAAAGAUUGCCACUGCUUGCUUCUACUGCUCCAGCCAGAUCUGCAUGAUGAUAAAGCGACUCUAUGUUCAUGAGAAAAUAUAUGAUCAGUUCCGUGAUGCCUUGGUCAAACAUACUGCUGCCUUAAAGGUAGGCGAAGGCUAUGACCCAGAUUCGUUUAUCGGUCCGAUUCAGAAUAGGAUGCAGUAUGAAAGAGUCAAGUCACUUAUUAAGGAUAUCAAGGCGGAAGGUGUCAGGCCUAUUCUUGGAGGAGAAGUCGAAGAGUCAGAAGGCUACUAUAUCAAGCCUACCAUUAUCGACAACCCGCCAGAUACAUCCCUUGCAGUGACCGAGGAGCCCUUUGGCCCCGUCCUCCCUCUCCUUAAAUGGUCCGACGAGGAUGAGGUUAUUGCUCGUGCAAAUGACUCUAACAUGGGCCUUGGAGCCUCCGUGUGGAGUAAAGACCUUGUCCGCGCCGAGAGAAUCCUUAGGCAGUUUGAUUCUGGUGUUGCCUGGAUUAACCGUCAUUUCGAUGCUCUGCCUCAUAUCCCGUUUGGGGGUCAUAAAUACAGUGGUAUUGGAACCGAGUUUGGCGUGGAAGGCCUGAAGCAAUAUUGUAACCACCAAUCUCUUUGGCUAAGCAAGAAAUAA